AGGAAAGAAGGGAGGAUUUUCCAAAUCCUUCACGAGAAAGCUGGUGCCGUUUUCCCAUGCUGUCUGUACGCUGUUUAAUAAUGCGAUUGUGACCUGAGUGGAAUUUAUGAGCGAUGAACUGUUGAAGCUUGUUGCACCACUGCAUCAGAAUACUUCUUUUAUUUUUUUCCCUCGGCCCAUGAUUCCCCCAUCCCAGCUGUUGCAGGACCUAUGGGCCAGUAAUAGAGGGAUGGGAAGCUGAGACGGUUUAUUUUCACAUUCUUCCGUUCUGGAGACUUGGCUAGUUGGCUGAAGCUGCUGCUGCUUUUUACUGGAUCUGCUGUUUACUCGGCAGGUUUAUUUGUUUUCGUGUGCACGGGGUGUUUCAGUUAAAUAGACACUGGACUAAGCUGAAUGGAUGCUUUGCAAUCUGGAAGGCUUUUGGGGGUAACAAAAAUCUACUAAAAACAGAAGAACUGGUACUGCAGGAAACCUAGGGCCUGUUUUCCAAGCCUUUUUAUUUUACUGAGCAAGAUGAUGUGUGAGGUGAUGCCAACCAUCAGUGAGGCAGAGAUUCCCUCUGGGGGAAAUGGAGGCCAUGGUUCAGGUUCCCCGUUACAGUCAGAUGCUGAUUCCCAUUUUGAGCAAUUAAUGGUAUCCAUGUUGGAAGAAAGGGAUCGCCUUCUGGAAACGCUAAGAGAAACUCAGGAGACGCUAGCAUUGACCCAGGGCAAGCUACAUGAAGUUGGUCAUGAGAGAGAUUCCUUGCAGAGACAGCUCAAUACUGCACUUCCACAGGAAUUUGCAGCACUUACAAAAGAGCUAAAUGUUUGCAGGGAGCAGCUGCUUGAAAGGGAAGAAGAAAUCGCUGAACUGAAAGCAGAAAGAAAUAAUACGAGGCUAUUACUGGAACAUUUGGAGUGUCUUGUUUCCAGGCAUGAGCGGUCUCUCAGAAUGACUGUUGUAAAGAGACAAGCUCAGUCUCCAGCAGGAGUUUCUAGUGAAGUAGAAGUUCUCAAAGCACUAAAAUCUUUAUUUGAACACCAUAAAGCCCUUGAUGAAAAGGUAAGGGAGAGGUUACGAGUAGCACUUGAAAGAUGUAGCUUGUUGGAAGAAGAACUAGGUACUACGCAUAAGGAGUUAAUGAUUCUGAAGGAGCAAAAUAAUCAGAAGAAAACAAUUCCAGAUGGGAUGCUGGAUAUAAAUCACGAACAAGAAAAUACACCAACUACAAAUGGGAAGCGAUCCUCUAAUGGUUCCUUGUGCAACGAUGAAAACCUUGCUAAAGUGAUUGAACUCCAAGACAUCAUAGAUAAGCAAAACAAAGAGCAGACACAAAUGAAAGAACGUCUCACCGCUUUGUCUAGCAGAGUAACAGAGCUGGAAGAAGAUCUUGACACAGCUAGAAAAGACUUAAUAAAAUCUGAAGAAAUGAAUACAAAGUUACAGAGAGAUGUACGAGAGACUCUGGCCCAAAAGGAAGACAUGGAAGAGAGAAUUACAACUCUUGAGAAACGCUACCUCGCCGCACAACGUGAAGCUACAUCUGUGCAUGACCUCAAUGAUAAACUUGAAAAUGAAAUUGCCACUAAAGACUCCAUGCAUCGACAGAGUGAAGAUAAGAAUAGGCAAUUGCAAGAACGACUGGAACUAGCUGAGCAAAAGCUGCAGCAGACUUUGAGAAAAGCUGAAACUUUGCCAGAGGUGGAAGCUGAGCUGGCACAGAGAGUUGCAGCACUUUCAAAGUCUGACCUUUUGUCUCCUGGGAACUCUGCUGCUAAAGAUGCUAAAGUACUGGAACUUACCACCAAGCUUAGGAAGGCUGAGGAGAGACAUGGCAAUAUAGAGGAACGACUGAGACAGAUGGAAGCACAGCUAGAAGAAAAGAAUCAAGAACUGCAAAGGGCUAGACAGAGAGAGAAGAUGAAUGAAGAGCAUAAUAAACGUUUGUCAGAAACUGUUGAUAAGCUGCUGUCGGAAUCUAAUGAAAGGCUUCAGCUUCACCUCAAGGAAAGGAUGGCUGCCUUGGAAGAUAAGAAUUCACUUCUUCGAGAAAUUGAAAAUGCAAAAAAACAAGUAGAAGAACUUCAGCAUGAAAAGGAUCAACUUGUAUUGAAUGUUGAAGCAUUAAGGGCUGAAAAUGACCAAGUGAGACUCAGAGCCACAUCACUUCAUCAUAGGAAUCAUUUGGGUGGCCGACCAGAUUUCAGAUACCCUAUGACAUCUUUGUCUGUGGCUGACAGUCAUGCAGACUCCUAUGGCACCUCAUCAGUGUUAAGGCGUCCCCAGAAAGGACGCUUGGCAGCUCUCAGAGAUGAACCUUCAAAGGUUCAGACUCUGAAUGAGCAGGACUGGGAGCGAGCCCAGCAAGCAAGUGUAUUGGCAAAUGUGGCACAAGCAUUUGAAAGUGAUGUUGAUGUUUCUGAUGUAGAGGAUGACAGGGAGACCAUAUUCAGUUCGGUAGAUCUGCUCUCACCAAGUGGUCAGGCUGAUGCUCAGACUUUGGCCAUUAUGCUUCAAGAACAGUUGGAUGCAAUCAACAAAGAGAUCAGACUUAUACAGGAAGAGAAGGAAAACACAGAGCAGCGUGCAGAGGAGAUUGAAAGCAGAGUGGGUAGUGGCAGUUUGGAUGCCCAUGGCCGAUUCCGGUCGAUGAGCUCCAUUCCUCCUCCUUAUGCAAGUGGCUCACUUGCUGGUUCUUCCCCACCUGGCAGUGGCCGCUCCACCCCCAGGCGGAUUCCACAUAGUCCAGCUCGGGAAGUGGACAGACUAGGUAUCAUGACGCUGCCUAGUGAUUUAAGGAAACACCGUAGAAAGUCUCCAGCUUCUAGAGAAGAGGUACGAGAUGAUAAAACCACAAUAAAAUGUGAGACAUCACCACCUUCUUCACCUCGAUCUUUGCGUUUGGACAGAGUCCAAAAAGGAUCUUUGCAUACAGUGAGCCAUGAAGAUAUCAGGGACAUUAGAAAUUCAACAGGCUCACAAGAUGGGCAAACAAGUAAUCCUAGCAGCAGCAAUAGUAGCCAAGAUUCCCUUCAUAAAGCCCCCAAAAAGAAGGGGAUCAAAUCCUCUAUUGGCCGCUUGUUUGGCAAGAAGGAAAAGGGACGACCUGGACAAACAAGCAAGGAAACAUUAGGACAAGUUGGCAUGGCAGAAGCAGAUAGUUCCUCUCAGGACACACUAGGUCUCAGCAAGCUUGGAGGUCAGGCAGAAAAAAACAGGAAAAUGCAGAAAAAGCAUGAGUUGCUAGAGGAAGCCAGAAGACAAGGUUUGCCUUUUGCACAGUGGGAUGGGCCUACUGUGGUUGUGUGGUUGGAGCUGUGGGUUGGGAUGCCAGCCUGGUAUGUGGCUGCUUGCCGAGCAAAUGUGAAAAGCGGCGCUAUCAUGUCCGCCUUGUCUGAUACAGAAAUACAGCGUGAAAUUGGAAUUAGUAAUCCUCUGCACAGACUGAAGCUGAGGUUGGCCAUUCAGGAAAUCAUGUCACUAACAAGUCCAUCUGCCCCUGCGACCUCGAGGACGACCACGGGAAAUGUCUGGGUAACACACGAAGAAAUGGAAAAUCUUACAGCCGCGCAACAAACGGAAGAUGAGGAGGGAAGCUGGGCUCAGACGUUAGCAUAUGGUGAUAUGAACCAUGAGUGGAUUGGCAAUGAAUGGCUCCCUAGUCUGGGGCUCCCUCAGUAUCGCAGCUAUUUCAUGGAGUGUCUUGUUGAUGCUCGAAUGCUGGAUCAUUUAACUAAAAAAGAUCUGCGUGGGCAACUUAAAAUGGUGGACAGCUUUCACAGGAACAGUUUUCAGUGUGGAAUUAUGUGCCUACGAAGACUGAAUUAUGAUAGAAAAGAGCUUGAGAGAAAAAGAGAAGAAAGCCAGAAUGAAAUUAAGGAUGUCCUUGUCUGGAGCAAUGAAAGAAUGAUCCAUUGGGUAGUGUCCAUUGGUCUUAAAGAAUAUGCAAAUAACCUUAUAGAGAGCGGAGUUCAUGGUGCACUUGUGGCCUUAGAUGAAUCAUUUGAUUACAAUGCGUUAGCUCUCUUACUACAAAUACCCACUCAAAACACACAGGCUCGUGCUCUUCUGGAGAAGGAGUUUAAUAACCUUCUUGCUAUGGGCACUGACAGAAGACUUGAUGAA